AUGCCGAAGAAUUUUCAAAGGAAUUGCAACUACCCGAUGAUGCCUCUGAUCAAGGACCUGGCGACUCUUUGGAUGGCGAAGCGAGUCGAGUUUCCAUAUCGGUGUGAGACAUGCGGGAAAGGGUACCAGCAUCGCGCCACCCUGGUCAGGCACACCAGGCACGAGUGUGGCAAGGAACCGCAGUUCAAGUGCCCCUAUUGCGCCCACAGAACCAAACAACGCGGCAAUCUUUAUCAACACAUUCGAACCAACCAUCCUGGCAAGAACGUGUUUUCGAAGCUGUCCUGGGCCGAAUACCAUUAUCAAAGUAGAACCGUUAGUCAACACAAGCUAUCCUCGAAUAGCCCAAACUUCAAGGUACCUCGGAAAUCGGCUGGCUGUUUGGACAAAAAGCCAGGUUGCUUCAGAUGCCCGAAGUGCAACAAAGGUUAUCGUUGGUUGAGAAACAUGAAGAACCACUUGAGAAUCGAGUGCGGCAAAGACCCGAAAGAAUAUUGCCCGUACUGUCCGCAUAGAACGAAAUAUAAAAGCAGCUUGCAAAAGCACAUUCUUCGAAUUCACUUUGGAUAA